GUUCACAGGCCUGAGAGGAAACAGCUCCUCUCCCAACACAGCAGGAGGGCUGAAAUCAGAAGUCAUUUAGCACGAGUCACAGAUAAAUGCUGACAGGUUCAUGCUACUUAUGAUGUAAAGGCAUUUGGACCCAUUUCACCUGUUCUGCUGGAAGAUGGCCACUGCAGCGGAGGACCCCCACCUGGGAUCGGGCCCUGACAAUAGCGAAGCGUCUCCAUCCGGGAGCGAGUCAGACUCAGAUAGCAUUCUUUCGGACGACUCGGUGCUUCCAGACUACACGCCAGAGACAAGAAAUGGGAGUGCAGCAUCAACACUGUAUCAAGCGUGCGCCCGUAAUGAGCCGGUCUCUCUGCAGACAGUGCUUGAGAGGGGAGUCACAAAAGAAGAGGUGAUGGAGCUGGACAACAAUGGCUGGAAUGGUUUAAUGGUGGCGUGCUGUAAAGGUUUCCUAGAGAUCGUAUAUGGACUUCAUAUCUGUCCAUAUAUUGACAUAAAUCACCAGGACAAUGAAGGCAACACAGCACUGAUGAUUGCAUCCCAAGCAGGUCACAUCAUGACAGUGUCGUAUCUCCUGAACUAUUAUCCUGGAAUAGACACAGAAAUAAGGGACUGUAGAGGUUUCACAGCUCUCAUCAAGGCUGCAAUGACUGGCCGCACUGACGUUGUGGCAGCACUUGUUAUGGCUGGGGCUGACAUACAUGCAGUAGAUUCCACCAGAGGAAGAUGUGCUCGGGACUGGGCUUUUAAGACAGGUCGCUACGAGACCUUGCACCGUCUCCGCCGCCUCAAUAUGCGUCCAAGAGCUGAGCAGUUCUGCGAGGGUUAUGUCCCUGAGUGGCCUGAGCUCAAGGAGAGAGUAGCCAAGGCCAUAUCUCAGAAAACUCCCAGGGAAAAAAUUGCCCAGCAGAUCAAAGACACCUUUGGAUUCAGAUUACCUCGUGACCCCGUGGACAACGGGGUGUUGGACCACAUGGUGCGCAUGACCACCAGCGUCUACAGUCCUCUGAUUUCAACUGCAUGUCGCCCACUCUGCCCCACGAGCCCUCCAGAGAUUGGCAAGAAGCGUCUGGCCGUACAAGAGCUGGUCAGCAAACACACAAAAAAGGACCUCGAGGAAAGCUCAGUGUGCCACAGUAAUGGCUCAGUGUCACACAUUAUCCCCACAAUCCACUCUGCGGAGUCGAUUGCUACGACAUGCUGUGCUGACACCGAGCGGCGAGGCAGUAUGCUCUCCACCAAAGCUGCCGCAACUUUUAUUUCCCGGAGUAUGGGGCGGCGGAACAGCGUGUUCCCCUCUGGCUGCAUCCCAAAGAUCAAUGUAGACAGGCCAACAGAAGCAACGCCAAAGAAAGAAAAGAAGAAGAAGAGGGAAAAGGGCUAUCUGGAACCACCCAAGUGGAAGUACAAGGAGAUCAAGGAUGAGAAAAAAAAGGACAAGAAGAAGACUGAAAAAGAAAAGGAAGAAAAGGAGAAAAAGAAGAAAGAAAAGGACGGCAAGAAGGCCAAAAAAUAAGAUUUUAUAAAAGAAAGAGCUGUACAAAAUAUCCUUUGUGAGAAAAGCAUGUCUGUUCAACUCAGGACUUAAAAUGUUCAAACCAAAGAGCAUUCAAGUGAAUACUAAACUUAAAUCUGAAAGGGAGUGACAGAGGAAGAGAACUGGAAAGACUCUUCAGGGAAGGUUUGAAGCAUCUACGCUAAAAGCAGUACCCAUAUUUGGCACAGUGCACAAAAUCCAUAUUUACUGGCUCAUUCUUACCGGUGCUAAAGCAUCCAUGAUGUCUACCUCAUUAUUCAA